AUGAUCAAGGACAGAAUAUUAGAGGGAACAGGAGAAAGGCAUCGAUUCGACAGUGAUUUGAGUACAGCGUCGACGCGCGCACCGACUGCAGGAUCACCGUUUCGAGAGCAGUCGCCGCAAGACGAUACCAUUACUCGCUUAUGACAAGCACUCAAGGAGUAAAAAUCAGUGUAAGAAGUACCACACUCCGGGCUUGUAGUUGAGUUGUUCGAACAUAAUAUUGAUCUACUUGUUCUAGUAGCGUUGCAGCUAAUGCAUCAUGAUAAUCCAAUUUUUGUCGACAUCAUGUUUGUAGAAGUAGAAUUCCGUAUAAUUCCACCUCUCUCCCCUUUUUAUUUUCCUUCAUGAAACGAAGGAACCAGCGAACAAGAGAGCGAGGAUGUGGAAAUGGCGAUGGACGGCCUUGAGGAUCAGCAGGAUAGCCCCUUCUUUCCCAAGCAAAGAACGACUAGUGCAGGCACGUUGUCGAGUCGCUUGCGGCAAUUACUCGGGCGCUGUGCCGCUAACAUAGAUCUGAAAGCCACGGUAGAUGGGCUUGGAGGUGCCGCCGGCGAAUCUUCAGGCUUUAGAGAUGAAGAAGGUACUCCUCGAGCAGAAAGUUGCAUGGACAACACGACGGGAAGAAAGGCACCAGGUGCACGACAUCCUCAUCCUGAAGAUCUUAAUGAAGGAG